CACAAAAUAUACAAGUUCCGAUGUAAACAUCAUGGCUGAAAAUGUAUCACAUGGAUCACCUAUUUCCAGUUUUCUACAAAAUAUUGACUUAGCAAGACAGCAGAUCAGAGAUGGAAGCUCUUCACACCGAGAAGACGGAGAAUUUGAUGCUGACAAACUCUGGUCCAGAAUGGAGAAUGUAUUUAAAAUAAUAUCACAUGAAGCCACAAAGAUAUCCUUGGCCUUUAGUGGGAGUCCAGUGCCAUCAGAAAAGGAAUGCACUUCACUGUUUAGUUCUGCAGAAAAAGCAACACUGGCUCUUGUUUCAGUAUUCUACUCCCUGCCAAUAUCACAAGGUAUGAGGUUACAGAAAUCAACAAGAGAAGCCGUGCUUUCCCUGCUGGACAGCUUGAGGGAGCUGAUAUCCAGUAUCCAUGAGGGAUGUCGUGGUAACCAGCAACAGCUGCAGUCAACAGGAGCUGUUUGGCAGGAGGCUGAUCUUUUUGUUAGAAUUCCAAAGAAUAACAGGGAAGCUGUCAUUCAGGAACUGAAGAUAUCCUCCCAGCUGAUCAGGGAUGCUUUAACAGAGCUAGAGCAGGCGAUAGAGGAGGGGGGUUCUUCUGAUGGACUGUUUGGGUCUGAGGGGGAAGAGGAGGGUCCACAGUGGACAGAAUCAGACAAAACUGUCGCUAAACCCUGCGUGGGCCUCAUCAAAACCACCAAAUCACUGCUGAAGAAAACCACAGAGUGUGUCCAGACAAACGGACAGACUCAGCAGUCUACGGAGAUUCAGGAACUGGACAAAUUGGCCGACCUAUCGGAGAGGCUGAGCCCCGCAGUGGAUGACCUGAUUCUGGACCUGUAUCCCCCAAUGGUCAGGGAGAAAGUUCAGGAAAAGGCAAAAACCUUGUUUGACACACAGAAGACAAUUUUAGAGUUCAUAAGAUCAACUCACAUGGCAGGAGAAAAUGAACAGAAAUGGCUUGAAUUUUUGUUGAAAGCAAAUCAGCAUAAUUAUGAAAAUAUUCUAAAAUCAACUGAAGAUAAUUUUACCAAAUAAAUGAAUUAACA